ACAUUUACAAUCUUAUCAGUGAUGUUUUGCUAUUAUAAAGGGUUACGAUAAAUGUGUUAAACCAAGGUUUAAUCUAAUGCAGUUACUUAAUCGUAAAUAAAAACAAGUUAUUACUCGGUAUUAAAAGUGUACUGGACUGUUAAAAAAAUAUUGUUGAACUGUUUUGUUUUGCUACAGGAAUGGUUUUACUCUAUGUUUUAUUUAGUAAAAGAAGGCAAGGAAAUGGUAAAGCGCUCGUCGGACCAAAAGGUCAGCCUAUACUUGGAAGUAUCUUGGAAAUUGAUGACGAGAAUAUGCAUUUCAAAUUUUCAGAAUAUGCGGAACAAUAUGGAGAAAUAUUCCAAGUUAAACUACUUUUUGAUAAAUUUGUAGUGUUAAAUAGUGAACGGAUUAUUAGGAAAUGCUUCGGAGGUGAUAAAUAUAAGCACGUUUUUAAUGAUCGAUCCGAGUUAUUUUACGGAAAGCACUUUGCUUGCAAUAGCAAAGCUUUGGGUUUUGUGGUUGAUGGGACAGGACAGUUUCAUAGAACUGCAAGGAAACAUGUUAUGCAAGCUUUGCAUGCCUACGGUAGUGGACUACGGGAUUUAGAGAAUAACGUCAUGACUGAAUUAUCUAAUUUACAUACGAGAAUUGAGGAUGAAAAUAUUUUUGAAUGUGUUUCCUUAAUAUUUCAGUCUAUCUCAAAUGUUCUGUCACUGAUGUUGAUUGGUGAACCACUUUUAGACGAUGAAAAAGAAAAGAACAUGUUACUGGAUGAAAUACACGUUGAAGAUUUUUUUCUGAAUUCUUAUGUAAACUUCAUAAUGUCAGUGUUACCAUUUGUACGAUAUAUCCCUGGAAGGUACAAAAACGAAUUCUUAAAGGCAAAGGCUGUCAAUGCGAAAAUUGUAAAGAAAUAUUUUCACGAUGUCAAGGUUUGCUUUCUUACAUUUUGUACAGGGUUUAGUAAAAUUGAUACUGUUUGAUAGGUUGAUGUACACCUAUCUAUAACUUUUGAAAAUUAAAUAGAAAACUUUGGUAUGUGUUAAAAUAUUAUGACAAUUCUAAUUUAUAUGACAAUGUGUUUAAAUAUCUAAUGUA